CAAACAAAAACAUUCAGUAAAAAACAAGUUUAGGCUAGAAAAGCAUUUGAAAUAAUACAUGCAUCCUCUCCUUGAUGACAUUAGCUGACUGCAAAAUGAUUUUUUUCUCCAGUUUUGUGCUUCUGUGUAUAAUUUAUUCAAGUCUUGGUGAAAGAAUGUUGGCUGGAGGAAAAACAAAAAUGAGUGAGGAAGCUCAAAGCAGUGAAGAAUUCCAAAGUGGUUUGAUAGAAGCUGUAAAAAAAUUUAAUGCAAUGAAUAACGCGAUGUUCAAGUAUGAUGUUAUGGACGUAUUCAAUGCUACAUCUCAAAUUGUACAAGGAGUAAAAUAUGAAGCCGUUGUUGUUUUUGGACCAACAUCAUGCCGUAAUAAUCCUGAUUCGAUGUUGGAAAAAUGUCCGUUUUUAGGCGAUGCUAAACAUCGAGUCGUUGAAAAGCAUGUCACAAUUUGGUCUCGUCCUUGGUUAAAGGAGAAAAUGAUUGUGACAGUGGAUGACAGCCCACAAGGGGAAAACAGAGUGGAAUUUUUGUAACAUGUUUUUAUAUAUUUUUAAAUUUAAACUUCUUAAAGGAUAUACGUAUUUUUAGUUUGAACGCGUUUUACGAUUUUAACGCCUCUUAAUUGUUUUGAAAUUAAAAUUUCUUUUGUGUUUUCGAUCGACAAUUUGAAAAGCGGGAAACGAUGCCAAAUUUCUUUUUUUGUUAACUUCUUUUGGGUAUAUGAUUGCAUUAUAUCUUGUAUAAAUUAAAUAAAUAAAGUAUAUUUUAUUAUUUUA